AUGCGCGCUACUGAGUGUGUCUGGCUGGGUUAGUAGGGUUGGCUGGGGCGGGCAGUAAAUAAAGGGUGGGGCCAAGAGGGGAGGAGGGAAAGCAGGACUGAGAAAGAAGCAAAAGCCCCGGUUCUAUCACGAGAAACCUGCUGGAGCGCAUCCUGCUUGGUCUGAGCGCUGCACCAACUCACCCAGUUCCCUCUCUCCUUGGGUGUCUUCUUCCCUCCUUUUCUCUCUUUUCCUCACUGCACCCUGAACCCUCUACCCACUCCCCCACCCAUCACUUCUGCAUCUGACCAAAGGACGAAUGAGUGAGACGUUCCAGCAAAUCGAGGUAGCAACUUUCCUCAGCUGGUCUCUGGGCUCCAGGAGCGAAAUCCUGCUGAUUCUUGGAGGAAUGCAGCCCAUGGAGGAGGAGGAGGACGAGCAGUGAUGGGCUAACGACCGGUGCAAGAAGCCCCAAGCAGCUCAGUCUCGAAACGCCGCUUCAAGCUUGUUCCCUCCACCUCGCUCUCCUGAGAGCAGAGAGCGCGCGGUGUGCAGACUCGGAACAUCUAGGGAGGAUGAGGCGGGGACCCAGCCCAAGUUGGGUGCAUCUUGCGGGCGCGAGGCCACGACUGUGUUUCGGCAUGAAUUAAGAAGCUUGAAAGAUGGAGCGCGGCACAAUCCUCAAUCAACCCGGGCUCUGGACCAGGGACACCAGCUGGACACUCCUCUAUUUCCUGUGCUACAUCCUUCCUCAGACCUCCCCUCAAGUGCUCAGGAUCGGAGGGAUUUUUGAAACUGUGGAAAAUGAACCUGUUAAUGUUGAAGAAUUAGCUUUCAAGUUUGCAGUCACCAGUAUUAACCGAAACCGAACCUUGAUGCCCAAUACCACAUUAACCUAUGACAUCCAGAGAAUUAAUCUUUUUGAUAGUUUUGAAGCCUCCCGAAGAGCAUGUGACCAGCUGGCUCUCGGGGUGGCUGCCCUCUUCGGCCCUUCCCACAGCUCCUCCGUCAGUGCUGUACAGUCUAUUUGCAAUGCUCUGGAAGUUCCACACAUUCAGACUCGCUGGAAACACCCUUCUGUGGACAACAGAGACUUAUUUUACAUCAACCUCUACCCGGAUUAUGCGGCUAUCAGCAGGGCAGUCCUGGAUUUGGUCCUCUAUUACAACUGGAAAACAGUGACGGUGGUGUAUGAAGACAGCACAGGUCUAAUUCGUCUGCAAGAGCUCAUCAAAGCUCCCUCCAGAUACAACAUUAAAAUCAAAAUCCGCCAGCUUCCCUCUGGGAAUAAAGAUGCCAAACCUCUGCUCAAGGAGAUGAAGAAAGGCAAAGAGUUCUAUGUGAUAUUUGAUUGUUCGCACGAAACAGCUGCGGAAAUUCUUAAGCAGAUUUUGUUCAUGGGCAUGAUGACUGAAUACUAUCACUACUUCUUCACAACCCUGGACUUGUUUGCUUUAGAUCUGGAACUCUAUAGGUACAGUGGUGUAAAUAUGACAGGAUUUCGGUUGCUAAAUAUUGACAACCCUCACGUGUCAUCCAUCAUUGAGAAGUGGUCCAUGGAGAGGUUGCAGGCCCCACCCAGACCUGAGACUGGCCUUCUUGAUGGCAUGAUGACAACUGAAGCAGCUCUGAUGUACGAUGCUGUGUACAUGGUAGCCAUUGCCUCCCACCGUGCCUCUCAGCUGACUGUCAGCUCCCUGCAGUGCCAUCGACAUAAGCCAUGGCGCCUUGGACCCAGAUUUAUGAACCUCAUCAAAGAGGCACGGUGGGAUGGCUUGACUGGGCGGAUCACCUUCAAUAAGACGGAUGGCUUGAGAAAGGAUUUUGACCUGGACAUUAUCAGUCUCAAAGAGGAAGGAACUGAAAAGGCCUCUGGUGAAGUGUCUAAGCACUUGUAUAAAGUGUGGAAGAAGAUUGGGAUCUGGAACUCCAACAGUGGGCUGAACAUGACGGAUGGCAACAGAGACAGGUCCAACAAUAUCACGGAUUCGCUGGCUAACCGAACACUCAUUGUAACCACUAUUCUGGAGGAGCCCUACGUGAUGUACAGGAAAUCCGAUAAGCCCCUGUACGGAAAUGACAGAUUUGAAGGAUAUUGCCUGGAUCUGCUGAAAGAACUGUCAAAUAUCCUGGGUUUCCUUUAUGAUGUUAAACUGGUUCCUGACGGCAAAUAUGGAGCUCAGAAUGACAAAGGGGAAUGGAAUGGGAUGGUUAAAGAACUCAUCGACCAUAGAGCUGACCUGGCAGUGGCCCCUCUCACUAUCACGUAUGUACGGGAGAAAGUCAUCGAUUUCUCCAAGCCCUUCAUGACCCUGGGCAUUAGCAUCCUUUACAGAAAGCCCAAUGGAACCAACCCGGGCGUCUUCUCCUUCCUCAACCCCCUAUCUCCAGACAUUUGGAUGUACGUGCUACUUGCCUGCCUGGGAGUCAGUUGUGUGCUCUUUGUGAUUGCAAGGUUCACACCCUACGAGUGGUAUAACCCCCACCCGUGCAACCCUGACUCAGAUGUGGUGGAAAACAAUUUCACUUUGCUAAAUAGUUUCUGGUUUGGAGUUGGAGCUCUCAUGCAGCAAGGAUCGGAGCUGAUGCCCAAGGCUCUAUCAACCAGAAUAGUUGGAGGAAUAUGGUGGUUUUUCACCCUGAUCAUCAUUUCAUCCUACACUGCCAACCUGGCUGCCUUCUUGACAGUAGAAAGGAUGGAAUCCCCCAUUGAUUCCGCAGACGAUCUGGCCAAACAAACCAAGAUAGAAUAUGGAGCAGUCAGAGAUGGCUCAACCAUGACCUUCUUCAAGAAAUCAAAAAUCUCCACGUAUGAGAAAAUGUGGGCUUUCAUGAGCAGUAGACAGCAGAGCGCCCUGGUUAAAAACAGUGAUGAGGGGAUCCAAAGGGUGCUCACCACUGACUACGCCCUGCUGAUGGAGUCCACCAGCAUUGAGUAUGUGACACAGAGGAAUUGCAACCUCACUCAGAUCGGGGGCCUCAUAGACUCCAAAGGCUAUGGAGUGGGGACGCCUAUCGGCUCCCCUUACCGGGAUAAAAUUACAAUUGCCAUUCUUCAACUACAAGAAGAAGGGAAGCUUCAUAUGAUGAAAGAGAAAUGGUGGAGAGGAAAUGGCUGCCCUGAAGAAGACAGUAAAGAAGCCAGUGCUCUGGGAGUGGAAAAUAUUGGGGGCAUCUUCAUUGUUCUGGCCGCGGGACUCGUUCUUUCUGUGUUUGUAGCCAUUGGAGAAUUUUUAUACAAAUCACGGAAGAACAAUGACAUUGAGCAGGCUUUUUGUUUCUUUUAUGGACUGCAGUGUAAACAAACCCAUCCGACCAACUCCACUUCCGGGACUACUUUAUCUACAGAUGUAGAGUGUGGCAAAUUAUUACGAGAGGAAAAGGGGAUUCGGACACAGUCCUCAGUCCAUACUGUGUAACUGAAUUUUUUAAGUGUUUCCAGUAGAAUUGUUUGUAAUGGGUAUUGUUUGUGCCUGCAUCUAUUAAAUUGAAAUAGCCAGUCCACCCUUUUCCUUAUAUUAGCAAAAUGUACAGACACUACUCCAGGCUUUCAGAUCAGGCGGCUGGAACAUAUGUGUAAUAUAUACUGAUGCAGGGUUUUAUAAGGGGAAUAUAGAGUCCUGGAUGAAUGUAUAUAUAGAAAACUAUCCUUUCCAAAACUGUCAUCUUGUGCUUUCUUUAUGCAUUAAAAAUAAAUGACAUUUUCUUCAUAAGCAAAAAUUUAGACACAUAUGGGCAACGCAAGGGAAAUUGCUAGUUCAGUACAUUCUAUUUUUCUUUAUGAACUUUCCUCUCUUCUUUCCCUCUCCCUGUCUCAUGUGUUCUUUAGACCUACAUGUUUCAAAAUUUUUAUACCCAGGUCUUUUCAACAAAUAUGCUGAUAACUCUAUAAUAUUGUUAAUUUUUAAUAAAUUGGCCCCAAGAUUUUAAAUGCAUUAUUUACCCAAAACCUCAAAGGAAUCUUGGCUCUUAAAGAUUCAGAAACCAUCACUGAAAGAGUAAUGGUUGAACUUGAAUUCAAAGGGGGAUGACCUAACCUGAGCCUCUCUUGAGAUGUGGAGCACAGUUAAAAAUGAUUUCUGGACAGAAACUCGGCAACAUCAGACUUUCAAAGAGCAGAUAGCAGUCGUGUGUAGGUGUAGAGCCACUGAGAACCUGAUUAGUUUCAAGCCAUGUACUAUUUCCUGGAAGAGCCAAGCAGAGUCCAAAACUACAAACCAAUUCAUGACAUCUUCCAUUUGCUGCUCACCCGCACUCACCCUGUGCAAUGAUGACAUAAAGCUACUGCACUUUCUUCCCACUCGCCUAAGAGAGACGAGUUCUUCUUGAAGCCAUCAUUUCUGAGCCUUGCCAAGUUCACACUCAUUUCCCCGGAUUCAUCAUCAUUAUUAAUAAAUUCUAAGUGUGACAUGGAGACGGGCAAGGUGGAGAAAAUAAAUACCAGAGACAAUUUCCAUACAUAUUAGCCACAGAUCUCUGCAGAUUUAUUUUCUACCUGCAUUCAAAGUGAAUAAUCCCCACACCACCUCAGUAUGGUGACACAGAAAGCCAAUGGCAUGCUUGAUUUGGUGUGACAGAGAGUGUCUGCUGUUUGUACUGAGUUCAUUUCCCCUUGGCAAAGAGGAGGGGAAUUGAGCUGCCUCUCUUUCCUUUCAAUAUGGGAUCAGUUGGUCUUUGCUCUCUGUCAGACUUCCUCUUGACUUAUCAAGUCAUCCCCUAGAAUACACUCCAGAGAGAAGGAGGUUUUUGGCAUCUGGAAAUCAUGCUGCAUGACCUUCUUGCUUAGCUUCAAAUGGGUUCUAGGAUCUUAGUCACAGCUCCUUCCAAUCAACUUUAUAUUUCCUCAGUAAAGCAUGAUCAGAACAUUUGACUCCUACACUGAUUGCUUUUCAGCCUUGUUCUUUAAAUAAAUUAGCUCUUAUGAAAAUACCUAAAAAUUAUAUUACUAUUUAUUUACUGUCAUUAAAGUGGGGAAAGGCUGCUGUGUGUCUCUAAUCAGAAUUCACAUUUUCAGGAUCAAUAGAAUCAGAUCACUGGGCAGGAUAAAGGCUACACUAGCCUUAGUUUCAUGACUUAUUGAUUCAGCAGACAGAAUCCACAAGGUGCUUAAGUUUAUGUCCCAAAAUCUGUUUAAUACACCAAAGUGGCUAUAAAAUUUUCUGAGUAACUGAUGAUACAGAAAACUCAAACUGGCAAUAACUAGCAAAAUUCACCUUCCUGCAUAGACCAUUCUUAAGUUUGAUUCAGAGAUGAGUAAAGAAGCAAUUUCCUUCCAACGUUAACAUUAGGAGGGCUUGGGAUAUAGCUUAUUUGGAGAAUGCUACCCUUGCUCACUUGAGGCUUGUACGGUGUUUCCUAGCCCCAGCUAUGCAUAAAACCAUCUAUGGUGACACAAGACUAUAAUCCCAACACUCAAGAGGCAAAAGCAGGAGGAUUAGAAAAUCAGGAUCAACUACAUAUUGAAUUUAAGAUAAGCCUGGGCUACAAGACACUUGUCUCAAAAUUUUUUAGAUAAAUAAAUGAAUGGCAUUUUGGAAUUUUAGACUGUAUGCUAUCUAAUUCUGACAUUUACAUGGUAUUUUAUAGUUUUCAAAAUGUUUACACAUACAACAUAUUUGAUCCUUUCAGUGAGCUUAAUUCAGCUUUAUUAUCAGAAAUAAUGGAUAUUAGAAUCCAGAACCUUGAGUCAUGACAAUACAGCUAAAAGAGAAUUUUAUAAGCUAACCAAACUCAAUUUCAAGCAUAGCCACGUGUGGCAUCACUGUGUGGAAUCACUGCAUUUCAGUUGCUAAAUGUUUUCCAGCUUCAGUUUUCUAAUGUCUAACACUAGAUCACCUUCUAGAACACAAGGUUGCUUUGAAGAAGUAUUUUUCAAAAUAAGUGCCACUGGCAAGCACUUAAUGAAGUUUUAUGGCUAAAUAACUCAGAGGGAAUCAAACUCAACAUUCCCUUACCAUUUUGUAGUUUAGUAUAUUCAAUAUGGUGUCAAGGAUGGAGAAUUUCCAACCUAUUCAGUAUCUCUCAAGCCCUUAGGUCAUAGUGUCUUUUCUAUAAAGCAACUGGCAAGACCUGUGUCCCCAUAUGAUACAUGAGAACUAAAUGAAAUCACAUCAUCUCAUAGAACAUAAAACUAUUUUAGUCUUGAUAAUAAAUACUCAUCAACAAAUACGGCACCCUAUAGAAAAAUUAAAUAUUUCUCUCUGGUCACAUGAGCAGUCAGAAAGUGAUAAACCAACCCAGAUUUAGAAAAUAGUAUCAUAAAUAUAAAUAUUCAAACACUGUCCAAUUUUCCCUGAGCACGUGUUAAAAAUGAAUGGCAAAGUCACUACACUCAAGGAAAGGGCUUGCAGCAGAAAGAUCUGAGGAUUUAUACAAGUAGCUUUGGGCAGUCUCUCCAGACAGUAAACUCUAGUGUGAAGUUAGGUCAAGGCAAUUGCAGUCAUUUGAGACAUUCAGUAGUUUCUAGUAGUCAAGUAGAGUCAUGACUCAAUAAUCUAACCAGUACUUUAAAUAUGAAGUUGGAUCUCAAUUAAUCAUUGCUUUAUAUGAACUGACUCAAACCAAAAAUGGAGCUACUAAUUCUAAGUGACAGAUGACAGGUAGAUAGAUAGAUAGAUAGAUAGAUAGAUAGAUAGUAGAUGGAUAGAUAGAUGGUAGAUAGAUGAUAGAUUAGAUAGAUGGAUAGAUAGACAGACAG